UAAUUAUAAAAUGAGAGUUCAUUGCGAAUUCCUGCAACAUUAUUUGGAGAAAUACGGCUCAGAAUAUAAAAAGUUCGCUGUUUAACUAUAGAAUAUUGAAACCUUAAGGUACAUUAUAUUGAACACAUUAUAUUCAUACUUUAAAAAGCAAUUUGAUAUAGAAUUUAUCUUAAGAAAAAUGGAUGACCACGAUUUUAAAUCAAUAAUUCAACACUAUGGCCGAGAAAAAUUUUACCAUUCAAUGCAAAAUCGUGCCUUUGAUGGCUUGUCAAAGUUUUCCGGGAGCCCUUGUUUUAGAUUCUAUAAUGGUAUUGCUCUCGUGCUUGGAAAUCGCAAUCAGGAAGGUAUUCGAGAAUUGACACCCAUGCUGGGUGAAAAGGAAUUCUCAAUGGCUGUAAUUUUAGCCCUGAUGUUCGCUCACAAGAGAUGCACUGUGGUAGACAAAGAAGCAAUUUUGAAUCUAGAUGUUAAGCUUAAAGAAGAACGCAAGCAAUUAACAGCCUACUCAGCGUAUUAUUCAGCGGUAUUUCUCCUCUUAACUGGUAAAUAUGAAAAAGCAAAAGAAUAUGCAGAAAAAGCUCUAAAGCUCAAUAGCAAUUUUCCUGAUGCACUGAGCUUAAAAGGAUGGACUGAAUUGUUGGGAGGUAGUAGGAUUAAUCGGGGGACAUUGGAACUUUUUGAAAGAGCUCUUGAAUCAGGAAAGAGUAUUGAUGCUAGUUUGGGUCAAGUGCGUUACUAUCAAAUUAACAACGAUUACGAAAAUGCCAUUGGUAUUCUCAAUAAAUUAUCCAUUCGAUAUCCAGAACUAAAUAUACCAUUAGUGGAGAAAAUGAAGUCUCAAUUAGCCAAUUGGCACUGGGAUCAUUCAAUGGAGACAUCAUCCAGGAUUCUCAAUUUGGAACCGACAAACAUCGAGGCUCUGCGAGUGAAAAUUUUAAUAUUGGCCUGCCGUGAUGGGAAUUAUGGUGGAGGAGCUAGAGAAUUACAAAAACUUCUCAGUGCUAUGAGCAAAGUGGAGCCUUCAAAUUCAGAAUUAUAUUUCCAGAUUGGUCAGCUAUUUUCACGAGUUUGUGGGCGAAAUAUAAUGAUCCUGGAUGAGACAGUUAAAUUUAUUGAAAAAGCAAAUCAACUGUCACCAGGAAAUGCCACAUACCUAACUGAAUAUGGAUAUCAUGCCUAUUUGGCUGGAAAGAUGAAAGAAGCGACUAAGAAUUUUAAAUCAGCAACUAAAGUAGAUGACAGUGCUAUUCAGGCUCUUUGUGGACUGACUCUUUGUCAAUUGGCAGAGUCUGGGCCAUCACAGCAAGUUAGUCAGCAAAUUGAAUUUCUUACGGAAAUUCAGGGAACAGCAAAAUUACCCCUUUUGCUUUGGAUGUCAUCCAAACUCUUUCACGAUGAUUCCCAAAAAGCCAUUUCCGCAAUGGUUGAAGCAUGUGAAAUUCAAUUCAAAAAUCUAAGGACUUUGUCAUUUGGAUCCGAAUACCUCAGACGUUUCGAUCCGGAUUUUCUUCUGGAAGUGGCCAGAGAUUUACUUCAGCAUUCACCCAUUCAGUUGUCAGUGUCUAUGGGAUCUCUUUCGUCACGCGAAGGACUCCAUAUAUCGCUUAAACACAGUUUAAAUAUUCUUGAAGUUAUUGUGAAGGCAUGUCCUGGACUAAUACAAGGGGUAUUUCUCCUUGCAAAAGUGCAAUUCCUUUGCGGUGAGAUUUCCACUUCAACAAGCACCCUCCAGCAUAUACUUACAGAUAUUGAUCCAACAUAUUCGGAAGCUCAUUUACUUUCGGCGCAAAUUAACAUUCAGCAAAAGCAAUUUCAGAGAGCAGCACAAAACUUAGAAAUCUGUCUGAGUCACAAUUUCAAAGUUCGCGAAAAUCCUACUUAUCAUCUUUUCAAUGGAAUCAUACAAAAAAAUGAUCAUCAGUAUGAUGAUGCUCUUAAAAGCUUUAUAACGGCUAUGAGCCUCAUUGGCGUUAAAACUGAUGCCAUGAAUGUUAAGAUACCCGUGCCUCUGUCCACAAAUUCCUCACCAAAACCUAUUUAUACUCUGAGCUUAGCAGAUAAAGUAACGUUAUACUUGGAAAUGGUAGAUACAUAUAUGCUGAUAAACUUGAAUUCAGAUGCAACUAAAUUGAUGCAAGAUGCAAUGGAGGAAUUCUCAGGUACAUCUGAGGAGGGACGAUUGGUUAUAGCAAAUGCAGACUUAUCUCUUCGUCAUGGGAAUAUAGAUACAGUACUGAAGCUCUUGAGAAACAUUCAAUCAGGCCAACCGUACUAUAUCCAAGCAAAGACCAAGAUGGCAAAUAUUUAUUUGAUCCAUCGUAAAGAUAGGGUUGCAUUUGCUCAGUGCUUUAGAGAGUUGGUUGAGGAAUAUCCAGAGCCUGAGAGUUACAUUAUGCUUGGAGAUGCUUAUAUGUCAAUUCAAGAGCCCGAUGAUGCCUUAGAUGCCUACAAGGAAGCCUUAAAACGCAAUCCUCAUGAUCCCAAUUUAGCCAGUAAAUUAGGCAGAGCCUAUGUUAAAACACAUCAAUACACUAAGGCAAUAAACUACUACAAUGAAUCGUCAAGUAUGUAUCCGGAAAAUUCACUUCUCAAGCUGGAUUUAGCAGAAUUAUAUCUUAAAUUGAAACACUUCACCAAUGCUGAACAGACUCUAAUUGAUGAAAUUGAAGGAAUGAAAGACGGAUUGGAGGAUGUUGAUAUGUUGCAAUUGAGGACCAAACAACUUCUUUUGCUUGCACGUGUAAGGGAAAAAGCUGGUCACCUAAAUUCAUCCCUUUCAACUCUCAAGGAAGCUCGAGACAACCAAUAUAAAGUGCAGCAGCGGUUGAAUCUCGAAUCUACACUAAUUCCCGAACAGAGACGAAUACUUUCCAGAAUCUGUAUUCUCAUGGCAGAACAAUCUAUUCAUUUGAGGGAUAACGAUCAAGCGAUUCAUCACUAUAAAGAGGCCCUCAAAUUUUCUCCUCAGGAUGUUACCAUACUAGCAUCAAUUGCGCGGUUGUACAUGCAAGUCAACAACAUGGAUCAGUGUCAGCAGACUUGUGGACAAAUAUUACAGAUAGAUCCAAACAAUGAAACAGCAUCAGUUAUGAUGGCCGAUCUAUCAUUUCGCAGAAUGGACUUUGAGAAAGCUGCUUAUCAUUUCUCGCAACUUCUUCUCAAUCAACCAAAUUAUUGGACAGCAUUAGCGCGCCUUAUUGAAGUGAUGCGUCGAUCAGCAAGGUUAUCCGAAGCCGUGGAUUUUUUGAUGAGGGCAGAACAGAGUUGUAUUCAACCAUCGUUUGACUCGGGUUUGAAUUACUGCAAGGGAUUAUAUGAAUGGUAUAUUGGUAAUCCCAAUUCUGCUCUGAGAUUCUUCAACAAUGCUAGGAAAGAUUCUGAAUGGGGUCAGCAGGCCAUAUUCAACAUGAUUGAAAUAUGCAUAAAUCCAGAUGGUGAACUACCAAAUGAGAGUAUGGCCGAAGGCAGUGAAUUUGACUUUAGAGAUCCGCAGGUUAUGGCAAUUCGCACGGCUGAGAGAUUACUUAAAGAAUUAAAGCCACGUCCAGGUUGCAUGGACAAUGAAUCUCUCAAUUACAAGUUAUUGCAAAAUUUCAUUCUGUUGGCUAGUAAACAGAAGUCAACCAUUGAAUCAGCUCUCAAUGGAUUUCUCAAUAUUGCUAGUCAGGAGGAGUACAAAGAGCAUGUUGGUCCAAUACUUGGAAUGUCAUCGGCCUAUGUCAUGAUAAAACAAUCUCAAAGGGCAAAAAAUCAAUUGAAGCGAGUAGCAAAGUCUUCGUGGACAUUUGAGGAUGCGGAACAUUUAGAGAGAUGUUGGCUUCUUCUUGCUGAUCUCUACAUUCAAGCCAAUAAAAUGGAAAUGGCAGCAGAGUUACUAAAUCGAAUUUUGGAGCAUAAUAAAUCUUGCGCAAAGGCAUAUGAGUUAUGUGGAAUGAUAGCUGAGAAAGAGCAAGUUUAUCGAUCAGCAGCAACGCACUAUGAUGCAGCUUGGCGCUAUGGAGGAAAAUCUAAACCAACUAUUGGUUACAAAUUAGCCUAUCACUAUAUGAAAUCGAAGCGUUAUGCAGAUGCCAUUGAUGUUUGCCAACAAGUAUUGAAAUUGCAUCCUGACUUUUCAAUGAUCAGAAAGGAUAUUCUUGAUAAAUGUCGUAACAAUUUACGAAAUUAAUUGUAAUUUGUCAUCAUAUGUGGUCACAAUUCUACAGAGCAAGUGAGUGAAUAUAUUUUUCACAAUGAAAUAUUUAUAAAAUAAUACGUAUAAUUACACAGAUCCUCCUGAUCCAAAAUAAUUUUUCUUAAAGUUUCUUUAACAAUUAUAUACCUUAUAUUAAACACUUUGGUAAUUUUCCCGUUUAUAUGUAUGCACAUAAAUAUGACUUUUCAUAAAGUUAUUUGAAUAAUA